AACAUGUUUAAUUUGAUAAAAGAUUUUUAUUUCUAUUCUAUUAAAGGAGGUCAAUUGUUUUAUCUUUGCGGAUGAACAGAAGUACCACUGCGACGCCACAGUGUGUCACCUUCCUCUGCCUCCCUUUUGUGUAUCGUCCCCUCUCCUCUCUCCCGUUUCCUGUGUCCUGCGCUGGUUGCCAUGGCCACUGUUGCCAAGGAGAGCGGAGGCUACAGAAGACACGAAACCUGAGCCAGAGAUCUUGAUGCCUCGAUAUUUAAUUCAUCAGCACAAUGGAACACCACCACGGCUCAGUGUGAUGCAGAUGGAGCAGCCUUGGGUGAAAAAAGGACAUUUCUGCAUGUGGAGACAAAGAGCUGCUGUCACAACCUCCUGUUACACAAAGUCUGUUCCUCCUGCAGCUGUUACAAAGAUAUUCAGAAUAACUGCAACGAAUGAGCUGAUGUAUAUAAACCUGCCAUUUCUGCUAUCAAAAAUAUUUAAGGUCAAACACAAAAGGCUUCAAAAUUCGGCGUUUUGUCGGGACACAAUGACGUGUGACUUUUUUGAGCUCCAACCUGUGGAUUUUCAGCUCGUCGACCUCAUUGUUGGAGGAACCGUGACCCCACUUUGCAAAGCUGUUUCACCUUUUCACUGCUGCGUCGGACAAAAAGGGCAAAUGAAAGCUAAUUUUUGUGAAAGCUCCUUUAAAAAUAUGCGUGAGUUUGUGCUGCACGGAGCGACACAAACGGUGUAAUCCCCAUUGUCGAGGCCCCUCUAUGUUGUCUUUGUGUGAACUGAUCCACCUACAGACGCUGCUCCAUCCACCUCACACUCCUUUUGUUGUCUCACCCUCUUUUUGCCCUCUCUCCCCUCCCUCCUGCAUCCCUGUGUGUUUCUUUCCUGGGGUUCAGUGUUGCUCUCCCAGGUUUGACUGUCACCAGCCGUACUGAAGAUGGGAGGCCUGGACAUGAUGCUCCGUUUACCCAGAAGUCUCACUACUCUGCCCUGAUUUGUUAUUUAUGCUCUUGCUGGAACAGGAUUGACCCAUUUGGGCUGCGUGGAUACCAAAGGAAAGCGGCCGGGGGGAGGGUGAAGCCGAGCGGCUGCUGAAGUCUGAAGUGGCCUCGUCAAGGCUUGGACCCCGGCGUGUUUAUUGUCACUGAGGACGCACUUCAGCUGGCAGCAGCAGCGGUGUCUGCUGAUGAGAUCUGCUGGUUGUUUCCCUCUGGAAACCUCAAAUAAAUCACCAGAAAACCCUUUUUUUGAUUGACUUGUGCGGCCGAUUGUUCAUCUCCUGUGGAUUAUCUCUUUUAUUUAUUCUGUGAGGACCAAACAUUGGAUUUCCGUCGACUCGGGGGAACAAAGCCAGGACGAUUUUUAUUCUGUGUAACCAAGCUUCACUGUUUUCAACCUGUCUGUGACAGGAGACACUCAGCAGCAUCAGUGGCCUUGAAUCCAAGUAUCAGGUUUUAUCUGUCUGGUCCACGUAGGUAAGGCUACACCAAACCAGGAGAGCGGCAUUGAAAUACACUGCAGCUCAACAGACGGCCCCCUGGGUUUGAACCACAGAAGACGGCAGAGGAACCACUUUCAUACAGCAAAAAAUCGAGCCUGGCUGAGAUCCAUCUUUUGCCUACAAGGCCUGGAAAGUGAAGUCUGAUUGAUCCCUGCUCCUGCCCGCUGUCACAGGUGGCUGCACAGCUAUGGGCUACUCAAUAAUGCAUUGACUCAAACUCAGCAGCAGAAAGAAAAAGGGGAAAGUGUGUGAGACUCAUCCUUUGAAAAGGCGGACUACUUUCGAGAGAAAGCCGGCGAUUACAUCUGGAUAACCCCGAGAAUUGAGCAGACAUGAAACUGAAAACAUUGAGCAGAUGUUGAGCAGGAAAAGGAAAAGAUAAGGAUAUGGAUGCUGACAAAGUGAGAGCGGGGCGAGGACCUUGAGAGACGAGGACAAGCCAGACGAUAGAAAGACGAGUAAAUCCAAGUUGGAGACUUUGAAGAACUGAAGGACAAAAACAAACUCUCACCACAAACAGAACAUAUAAGAUAUUGGUGAUCGCUCAGGAGAAGCUGUGAGACAACAAGGAGGUCGUUGUCAUCAUGGUGAACACUGGCAUGCAGCUGAUCAGCUUCACCUGCGCGGUGACCGGCUGGAUCAUGGCCAUCGCCGUCACGGCCUUGCCCCAGUGGAAGGUCUCGGCCUUCAUCGGCAGCAACAUCCUGACCUCGGAGAUCAAAUGGGAGGGCAUCUGGAUGAACUGCAUCUACCAGACCACUGGUCACAUGCAGUGCAAGACAUACGACUCCAUGCUGGCGCUGCCGCCGGACAUCCAGGCGGCCCGCGCCCUCAUGUGCCUGGCCAUCUUCAUGGGCUGGCUGUCCUGCACCGUGUCCUGCUGCGGCAUGAAGUGCACCACCUGCGCUGGGGACGACCGACGGGCCAAGGCCGGCAUUGCGCUCUCGGGCGGGGUUCUCUUCAUUCUCACGGGCCUGUGCGUUUUGAUUCCCGUCUCCUGGACCGCCAACACCGUGGUCCAGGAUUUCUACAACCCCAACGUGCCCUUGAUGCACAAGAGAGAGCUGGGUCAGGCCAUCUACCUGGGCUGGGCGUCUGCUGUUAUUCUCAUGAUCAGUGGAGCCGUGCUGAGCAGCACCUGCCCCCUCAUGGAGAGGAGCGGCAGAUACCGCAGAGGUUACAUCGGUCGGAGCUUUGCUAAUUCACCCGCAUCAGCGGCGGAUCCCCCAAAACCCAUCACAUCCAACAGUCUACCACUGAAGGAGUACGUAUAGGAAGAGAGAGGGGGAAGAUGAUGCUGUUAAAAACUGUAUCUCUGGUUCUUUCCCAAACUUACUGUCCCAGGUUUCAGGUCUGUGACUUUUAAGCUACAAAUUGAGAGCUAUAUAUUUAUCAUAUAUUUAAUUUAUAUUUUGUUUCGUUUGUUUAUCUCUUUGUAUUGUUAAAC